AUGUGCAAGCACGUUCUCAACGCCCAAGUGGCCAUCCGAUCACCUUGCUGCCGCAAGUGGUUCGACUGCGCCGAAUGCCACGCCGAGCAGGAAUCCCACCCCCUCCAACAGACCUUUGACCUAGUCUUCGCCUGCAAGAAGUGCAAAAAAUGCUUCCGCAAGGACGCCCGCGAGUUCGAGGAUAGCGACGAGUACUGCCCCCACUGCGACAAUCACUUCAUCAUCGAGGCCAAGACGCCCAAGCCCCUCUUGUCGAUCGAGGGGGAGGACGCCCGCAAGGACAACAGAAUGCUCAAGGACGAGAGGGUCAGGGAUAAGGCGAUGAAGACCAUCUUUGAUCCUACGGAGGGGGCCGACACGCUUGGUUGA